AUGCCAGAAGAAUGCAUAUUGUUGGUACCACAGCGACGUCUAUAUGCGGAAGCAGCAGACAAGUUUCAGGUUCUGCCAAUAUACAUGACGCAGUAUUCCAUUCAACGGCUUUCAACGACUAAUGCUGCCGGCUCCGCCUUCACCUCCACCGUCAUUUCGACCGAGACCUCCACCCAGACUAUUCUACCAACGGCCAACAGUGACGCAUCCUCCUCCAAGUCACACACCGGCGCGAUUGUGGGUGGUGUCGUUGGCGGUGUCGGCGGUGCCCUCUUGCUCGCUGCUCUCGUCUUCCUGCUUUUCCGUCGCAGGAGGCGGUUUGACUUCGACGGCAACUUCGACCCUGAUCGUGUCGGCGGCGGCGGUACACUUCCCCAUAUCGACCUCGCAGGUGCCGACGAUGUCGAGCCGUACACGUACAAUCCUGCUGGCGCGGGCGCUAUUGGACCUGGCUCACAAGGUCCCUCGAGCUCCGCCACGGGCUCGGAUGAGAUGCGCCAGCACGGCAACGUCCCUGCAUUCCUCGCGGGCGGCAUCGCAGGCGCUGGCGUGGGUGCCGCCGCAACACACCGCUCGAUGAGUCCCCCGACAGUCUCUGCGCCGUCACAUUACAGCCAGAGCGCGUCGCAGUACGCUCCCUCAUCCUCGGAGCACUACCCCGACUACUCGGCCUACAGUGGCGGUUACGCCCAGCCGGGCGCGGGGUAUGCGCCGGACUUCCGGCAACCCUCUCCAGGUCCGUCGCUCGCGAUGACGGGGUCGUCGUCUGGCGGUGGCUACGGCGCUGCUGCCGGUGCGGGUGUGGCCGGGAUGAUGCUGCCGUCGUCGAAAGAGCGUGAGGCAACAGGGAGGAGAGGUUUGCAGGUCGCGAACCACGGCGAUGUGAUGCAGCAUGAAGAUGGCGGGCGGCUGGACACGACGCCCGAGGAGGAGGACCCAGCCCUGAACGAGGUCCCGCCCCGGUAUGACCAGAUCCCCAGGGAUCGGUAG